GUUGGUUUUCUUGUUCUCCAGCUCUUUCAUUAAACUGAACUAAUUUAAUUUAUUUUUUAUAUAAAAACUAUUCCGAAAGCUGGAGAAUUGGUACCUGAACCGAGAAAUUUGUCAGAAGCAUACUGACAGCGGAAAAAUUGUCUGAAAAAAGUUCCUGGGAAACCUGAAAACCGGCUAGGCAAAACCAUCUUGAAGUCACUGCCAAAAAAUAAAAGAAGAUGAGCUUUCCGGACAAAGCGGAGCGCACCAAAUGUUGGAGCAAUCGGGACGAGUAUUGGAAGUGUCUGGAUGAGCAUGCCCCGAAACAUAGCUCCACCAGCGGCGAAAAGGUCCCAUCUGCCUGCCAAAAUCUCCGCAAGUUAUUUGAGCAAUCUUGUCCUGGACAAUGGGUCAAGCAUUUUGACCGCAAGCGCACCUACGAGCAGUUCAAAGAGAAAAUGGCCAGCGGUUACGAUCCCCUAGACGAACGCGCAAAAACCGACAAGCAGGCCAAGUGAUUCUGGUUCUAAUUCUGCAAAGGAGGGCCAAGGAUUGCCUGGAAAAGCAUCCUCUGGCUAGCAAGCAUCCGUGGUUUUGUACUGUUGUAGGGUAGUGUAAAUAAAUAACCCAUCUAGCUAUAUGACUACAAA